GUAACUGCGAUGACUGCUUCAAUGCUAUGCUUAAGAGCUGCUCAGAGAUAAACCUCAGUAUCACUUGGACUGAUGUGUGUGAAGUCCUUGGGAGACAAACAGUGGAUCGUAAAGAGGUGGCAGAAAGCAUUAGGCAAUAUUUCCGAUGAAAGUUUGGAAGAAAGUCUAUAGUAGGGAAGAUAGAUAGCUAGACAUACUAGAAUAAUACACAAGAACUUUAUGCUAAGGCUUAAUUUACUUGAGCUGAUCAUAAUUUUACUGACAAGAAAAGAAGGGCCGGUCAGAGCACUAAUUUUGUGUAUGGCAUGCAAUGAAUUCAUUAAAAAUUAAACAGGAAGUGGUUUAAAUUAAUUCAUGCAUACUUGUAGAUCAUCUACAUGUAGAGUAUGUAGAGAAAUAUAAAUACUCCAAUGUCUCCUCUCAAUGUCUCUCUGCUGGUUCUGGCAUUCUGUUUGCUGCUUCAGUGUGGAGAUGUCAAGCCCAAUCCAGGACCAACAAAUCCUGGGUAUAAAGUAAUGCUUUCUUGUGGAGAAGAGAUUGUGGAAGGUCUCUCCAGAAAUCUGAAAGCUAUAGCUCUAUCGUUGCUCGCUAAAGACUUGAUAUCAUUGGAUGUAUAUGAGGAAACAAUCAAGCUAAACGAAACUAAUACAGAUAAAGCGCGAAGACUCCACCUAAAAGUGCUGAAACUAGUGCAGCAAUCUCCAGAAAAGUAUGAAGUCUUUGUUGAAGUCUUCCAGCAACAACAAAACCAAUUAUGUGGAGAUAUUGUUCUUGCACUCAAUACGAGCUACAAUCAGCAUGCAGAGGAAGAAAGAAUCAAGCAGAGAGAUUCGGAAGAAGUUAUUGUCCAAGAAAACGAAGAUGGUGACUUUAUUCGAAGUGAUUCUCUUGCAACAUCAGCAACAUCAGACUUUAGCUCCCCACCAACUAGCCCAAUGUCAUGGAGUUCUGCUUCUUCACCGUCUUCCUCACUAACUGGGCCAACCUUUACAUCAAGAAAAAAACGAGUUGACAUGAUUAACACCAAGAACCUAACAUUAGUGAAGAGACAUUUUUCUAUUUUUUUAAAUAAGGUAAAGAAGGGGUUUAAAAGUAUUACCUUGGAUAUGAAGGAAUUCAAGACAGACUUGAUCACUCGUUACCCUGAUAAUACUAAUGAUAUUUCUGGUCUUGAAGAUACAGAUAGUAUUUUUACAUACUUUAUCAAUGGUUGCCUCUGGGACUUUUGGAAUUGUGAUGAUCUCUGUGAGGUUAUUAAUACAUAUGGUAAUGAGGCGAUGCUAACUUCUGAAAAGCGGUAUCAAGAAGAGAGAGAACAUUAUUUUGCUACCACUACCCUCACAAAUUAUUUAUUUGAAAACAGUCAUGUUCUGUCACGAGAUACUAAGAAACCUAAAAUAACCACAGCUCAAAAAAGAAGCAGUGUAGACUAUCGUUAUACAUUGUCAGUCAAACUGGACGUGGAAGUAAGUACACACACUUUAAAGUACAUUGAGGAGUUGUGGAAGAAAAUGUCUUAUUUGGGUCUACCUAAAAUAGGAGUAAUACUUGACAAAAUUGUUUCUGGAUGUGUACGAGUGAUUUGGUUCAUACUUCGAGAAAAAAUUGCUAGUGAAUUUCGAAAAAGAGCUUUGCAACCUGAAGCAGCCGAGUUCUAUAAAGAGAACAUAAUCAUUCAGGUAUUAUUGAACGACGAAUGUCUUUACUCUACUAAAGAUUUUAUUUCCUCAAUUACAAGUGAUGUGUUUAAGUUAUCAACCUCUGAAUCAAUUGAAGAAGAGCCAGCUGAGACUAAGGAGCUGAGUGCGCCGGAAGAGGAACCUGCUGAGACUAAGGAGCUAAGUGCGCCUGAAGAGGAACCUGCUGAGACUAAGGAGCUGAGUGCGCCUGAAGAGGAACCUGCUGAGACUAAGGAGCUAAGUGCGCCUGAAGAGGAACCUGCUGAGACUAAGGAGCUGAGUGCGCCUGAAGAGGAACCUGCUGAGACUAAGGAGCUGAGUGCGCCUGAAGAGGAACCUGCUGAGACUAAGGAGCUGAGUGCGCCUGAAGAGGAACCUGCUGAGACUAAGGAGCUGAGUGCGCCUGAAGAGGAACCUGCUGAGACUAAGGAGCUGAGUGCGCCUGAAGAGGAACCUGCUGAGACUAAGGAGCUGAGUGCACCUAAAGAGGAACCGGGCGAAACACAGGAUGAAGAAACUGAGUCUCUUGAGGAGGAGGAGUCUACAGUGAAUGAUGCAGCUGAUGAAGUGAAGAGUAAAGAGAAGGAUUCUGUAGAAAAAGACAUCAGUGAUGAGCCUGUGAAAAGUGAACCACCUGCUAAAGAACAGAGUACUGGAAUUACAAUCUCGGAGAAGUUACUGGCAGAAUGUCGCAGUAAGACAGCUGACAUUGAAGUAGUGAGAGGCUACCUGGAGCAAGAAGACUGUGACGCCAAUAUCAGGGAAAAUGAUGACUUCAGGUGGAGUCCAUUGAUGUGGGCUCUUGAGAACAAACACUUUGAGAUUUGCAAACUGCUUCUGGAAUACAAGCCUCAAGUUCAUAUUCAGGACAAAAAAGCGUGGUCUCCGUUGGUGCUGGCUUGCAGAGCAGGAGACCUGGAGAUAGUGCAGGGAAUAGUGGCACUGGGAGCAGAGAUUGACCUGCCCACAAAUACAAAAUGGACUCCUCUGAUGUGGGCUGCUCAAGAGGGUCAUGUAAAGAUGGCUACAUUUCUACUGGAGAAGGGAGCAUUUGUGGAUUUCCCUGACGAGAAUGGGUGGACUCCAGUCAUGCAAGCCAGUCAGGGAGGUCAUGUGGGCGUGAUCAAUAUCCUGCUGGAUCACAAUGCUAAAGUCAACCAUCAAACUGAAACAACCUGGUGUGCUCUGAUGGCGGCUGCUAAGAACAAGCACAGUGAUGCAGUGGACACACUUCUGAAGAGAGGAGCUCAAGUGGACAUACAGAGAGAUGAUGGAUCCACCACGCUGCAAGUUGCAAGCUAUUACAAAGGCAACUCUGCUGUCAUGAAGACCUUGAUCAAACAUGGAGCAAAUAUUGAUCACCUAAAUAAGGAUGGCAUGACUGCUCUGAUGCUGGCCACUAACAAGGGUCACCUGGGUGUAGUGCAGGACCUCAUCCAGGGAGGAGCAGACACUAACAAACAACAUCCUGAGACGGGAUGGACUCCCAUUUUCUUUGCUGCCAAAAGUGGUAAAAUGGAUAUUUUCAAGGAAUUACUUUAUAAUGGAGCAAAAACUGAAAUUGAGGGAAGGAAUGUGGUUGAUGUUGCAAGCAUGUUCAAACGUGAAGAAAUGCUUUCUGAGCUUAAAACAUUUGAGCAAGCAUCACACAGAAUUAUCUCUAGUAGUGUGAAUCCACCAAGUUUAGAGGCAGCUGAGCCAACUUCAGUGGAACAAGAACCAUCCAUAACUGAACCAAAGGUUGAGAUAUCACCUGAAGAGGUUACUAAACCAGAGCAAAAGUUGGCUGAGGACUCCACAGAAGAGGUGAUAAUAGAGCCUCCACAGCUGCCUGACCCUGAGGCAGUGAAGCCUUCACUCUCCACCACUGAGGAGUUGUCUCAAAUGGACACAAAAGCCACCAAGGAGAAGAAAUCAGAAGCCAAGAAAUCCUCCAAAGACAUUGAAAAAGAGGCGAAGAUUAUUGAGCUCUUGCUGAUGGGAUUUGCUAAUAGAAUGGUCAAUCCAUCUAGCAAUAAAUAUCGAUAUGAAAAGACCAACAUCGCUGAUGUCAUUGGAGGGAAAGGAGUGAAAUCAUUUGAAGAAAUUACUCACAAACAUUUUAGUGGAACCCCUAGUAUUCAGAGGGCCAUUGCUAUUUCAGAAGAUCCCGAUGAUAAUUUUUUUUUAUGAAAUAGAUCUACUGCUGUAUAAGAUAUACAUGAAUGAUGUAUGGCAUAAAUACAUACUAUUGAGUUAUUGUUAUUCCACAUCCGCA